CCCUCCCAAGUCACACACUCCCACACACACAGCUUUCUCCUGGGGAUUUAACCGCUCACACUGCAGGAUACAUUGUAUAUAUUACACACACACACACACAGCCUAUAUUACACACAUUGAUAUUGUAUAUUAAAUAUACUGCCCAUAUUACACUCAGUACACACAGUAUACACACAGCCCAUAUUACACCCAGUACACACAGCCCAUAUUACACCCAGUACACACAGUAUACACACAGCCCAUAUUACACCCAGUACACACAGUGUACACACAGCCCAUAUUACACCCAGUACACACAGUAUACACACAGCCCAUAUUACACUCAGCACACACAGCCCAUAUUACACCCAGUACACAUAGUGUACACACAGUCCAUAUACCAGAUUUGUUUCUGAUGGAGUCUGGAGAGGUUCGCUAUUGCUCCAGGUUUCCUUACCUGUUCCUGAAAUUCACUCUCAUCGUGUACAGCACCAUCUUCUGGCUAAUCGGAGCCUUUGUGCUGGCUGUUGGGAUCUACGCCGAGGUAGAAAGGCAGAAAUACAAGACUCUACAUGGCGCCUUCCUGGCUCCAGCCGUCAUACUCAUCCUCCUUGGGCUCGUCAUGUUUGCUGUAUCCUUUAUUGGUGUCCUGGCCUCGCUCCGAGAUAACCUGUGCCUUCUGCAUGUGUUCAUGUAUACUUUGGGGGUCUGCCUUAUCCUGGAACUCACGGGAGGCAUCAUUGCCUUAAUCUUCAGAAAUCAGACGAUGGACCUCCUGAAUAAAAACAUUGUUAGGGGAAUUUCUAAUUAUUACGAUGAUCUCGACUUCAAAAAUAUCAUGGACUUUGUACAGAAACAGUUUAAGUGCUGUGGCGGCCAGGAUUUCAUGGACUGGGAAAAGAACCAGUAUCACUCCUGCUCGGCCCCGGGGCCCCUCGCCUGUGGCGUUCCGUACACCUGCUGCAUAAGUAAUAAGAGCGAUGUGAUGAACACAAUGUGCGGUUAUAAAGCCAUGUCACAGGAUCGGCAUUCUGCGCAGAGAACAAUCUAUGUUAGAGGCUGCACCAACGCGGUUAUUCUCUGGUUCCUGGAUAAUUAUACCAUCAUGGCUGGGGUGCUGCUAGGGAUCCUCCUUCCGCAGUUCCUUGGAGUCCUCCUCUCCCUCCUUUAUGUGACACGAGUGCAGGAUAUCAUCAGCGAAUGGAACAAUUCUGCAAAUGUCCUCCUAACCGGAGAAGAUUCCAAGCCGGAACUUGAGUUUUCCACUGUGGGAUGUUGCCGUUGCUACCCGGGCGAGGAAUCUGCCGCCUGAGGACCUCUAACUCCUCACAGCUCACUCUCAAAUGUGGCCUUUAACACAACUGCACUAACAACUAAGAUCAACCCUGGGGCUGGUCAGGGACACAACCACCUUCUCAGGUGUUACGGAUGUAGUGAUGAUGUGUGGACUGCUUGUUGCGGUGUAGAUCGUUUUUAUCUCUGUACACUGUAACAACAUAUGACAAUUUGGGAAUUCUGUGGUGUCCACGCACUCCACUCCGCUGUCAGUGUUGACCAACACUGUGACGGCCUUUACUGAGGGUUCCAGGGGAUAUUGUUUAAAUUAAUUUAAAAGAAUUCAUCUCAAGUGUAAAGUAAAAAUGAAGGUGUGACGUUUGGUCUUUCAUUAGUCUGUUCUAUGCGUCGGGUGCACUGAUAAACAAAAUGACUUGCCUCAUCCGCUACGCAAGUAACGUCCUUCAGGAACAAAAAACAAAAAAAACAUUUAAAAGAAACCUGACCGAGAAAACCGUGAAUAUCAAGAGUCUAAAUGAUACAGAAAAAGAAAUCCCUGAAUGUCCGUAACAGAGAUGGGGACAACGGGCUUUAUAUUGCCCUCUCUCGGUUACUUUCAUUCAUUAUAUUAUCCUCUUUUGGUUACUUCCAUAUGGUGGGUGAUGGACGCUUAGGGCUGCCGUGUCCUGGGUUCCCAUUCUAAGAAAUGAGACCUUUGGCGAACGCCCUGUGACUGUCAGUGGACAUUGAAUACUUGAAACCAAACCUGGAAUCUCGGAACCAACGCCACUCAGAGCGUCUUAUCUUCUGGUUCCUCGUACAGAUGUUAAGUCUUGGGGCAGAGUGAUUUACUAAGCCGUGAAAUGUUAACAUUUCUGUAUUAUUCUGUAAAGCAUCAUUUCUAAGAUGCACAACAUGUUCCUGGGAAUAUCUUGAGUUACUGUAGGUAUGAGCGCAUCCACAAGCAGUUGGUCUUUCAGGGUGUCCACUUUAUAAUGAUUUAGACUGUUAUUCAGUGGCAGGAGAGGUUCUGUUUUUAAGAUGAGUGAAGAAUGUGCCAUAGGAUGCUGGCUGUGUUUGACAAAGAUGGUUUUAGUGUUUACAUUCACUUCGAGUGCAGCAGUUGCCUAAGUGUGGACCCGGACAUGGUGUUCCCAGAAGCCUUACUACGUGUCCCACUUCUCCUUUCACACGUUAAAUGUUUACAUGGGACGGAUGUGUCUCAGAGAGAGAAUUAGCGUUUCUCAUCAAAAUAAUAUUCGUACUCAGGUGUAAAGUGCCAAUAGCCCUUAUAAUCCAAGAGAGGGACAUCUCGUUCUUAUUAAAACCCCAAUACAUA